AUGGAUGAAAACAAAAGGGCUAUCCCAACAGCAAAAGGCCAAGAUUUAGCUGAUGAGUAUGGAAUCAAAUUCUUUGAGACUGAUUACAAAUUGUUGCAGAGUGCAAAAACAAACCUUAAUGUGGAAUCUGUUUUCCUCUCUAUCGCAAAAGACAUUAAACAAAGAUUGACAGAAACCGAUACAAAGGCAGAG